UUCACCUUAUACCAUAGCAUAUAGAAGAUAUAUUGCAAAUAAAUUUGCAACAAAUUCAUGGGUUCCAUAACAAAUAAUAAGAAACCACAUGUGGUAUGUAUCCCUUACCCAGCCCAAGGCCACAUCAACCCAAUGAUGAAACUAGCUAAGCUCCUUCACUCUAAAGGCUUUCACAUCUCCUUUGUAAACACUCACUACAACCAUAACCGUUUGCUUCGCUCCCGCGGCCCGUCGUCUCUCGACGGCCUGCCCGAUUUUCGUUUCUACUCGAUCCCGGAUGGCCUUCCACCUUCGGAUGCCGAAGCCACCCAGUCUAUCCCUGCCAUAUGUGAAAGUGUUCCUAAACAUAGUUUGGAGCCCUUUUGUGAGCUCAUUACUAGGCUUAAUGGUUAUUCUGAUGAUGAGGUGGCACCAGUGAGUGGUAUUAUUUCGGAUGGGUGCAUGAGUUUUACACUUGAAGCUGCUGAGAGGUUUGGGCUGCCAGAGGUUCUGUUUUGGACUCCAAGUACUUGUGGGGUGUUGGCUUAUACUCAUUACCCUGAUCUUGUUCAAAGGGGUUAUACACCCCUCAAAGAUACGAGUGAUAUAACAAAAGGUUAUUUAGAAACAACCUUGGAUUGGAUUCCUGGGAUGAGUACUAACAUAAAGUUAAGGGACAUGCCUAGCUUCAUUCGAACCACAGACAGAAAUGACAUCAUGCUCAACUAUCUCAUAACAGAGACCGCGGCUAUCCCAAGAGGAUCGGCGAUCAUUCUCAACACUUUCGACGCGUUAGAACAAGAGAGUAUUAAACCCUUACUUGCUUUAAACCCAAAUAUUUUAACCAUAGGCCCAUUACACAUGAUGCAACAAUAUGUUCACGACGAACGACUUAAAAUCAUCGGAUCCAACCUUUGGAAGGAAGAUGUUAGUUGCAUUAGUUGGCUUGACACGAAAGAACCUGGCUCGGUUGUUUACGUAAACUUUGGAAGUAUAACUGUGAUGACAAAAGAACAACUGAUUGAGUUUGGAUGGGGGCUCGCAAACAGCAAGAAGGAUUUCUUGUGGAUAACUAGACCUGACAUUGUUGGAGGCGAUGAAGCCAUGAUGCCACCAGAGUUCGUAUCUGAGACUAAAGGGAGAGGCAUGGUCACUAGCUGGUGCCCUCAAGAAGAGGUUAUGAAGCAUCCGGCCAUAGGAGGAUUUUUGACGCACAGUGGAUGGAACUCGACUAUUGAAAGUAUCAGUUAUGGUGUUCCGAUGGUUUGUUGGCCAUUUUUUGCCGAACAACAGACGAAUUGUCGGUAUUGUUGUAUAGAAUGGGGAAUUGGUAUGGAAAUCGAUACUGAUGUUAAGAGGCAGGAGGUUGAAAAUCAAGUGAGGGAGAUGAUGGAUGGAGAGAAAGGGAAGACAAUGAGAAGCAAGUCUUUAGAGUGGAAACAGAAAGCCAAAGAAGCUGUUGAUGUUGGUGGAUCGUCUUAUCUCAACUUUGAUAGAUUAAUUAAUGAUAUUCUCUUGAAAAAAUAAGAAGUGUAUUGUUCUAACAGUUUGUAUUUUUUUUUUCUUUUCAAAAGUCUUAGCGCACACGCUCUUUUGGAUUAUCUUAAGGAAUUACUGCAUCAAAGUAUAUUUAACUUUGCUCAGUUAGUUACGGUGGUAUUUAAUUCUAAAAUACGUUAUCUGUCUCAAUUUAAAUGUUCUAUUCUGAUUUUUAAGGCUUUUUUUUCACAA